UUCUCCGGGCGCUGCGCGGGCUCGGCUGUCGGCUGGGAAGCUGCACUCCGGCUCCAACCCGAGGAGGUGGCUCCGGAGGGCCGGGCAGGCUCCACCUCCCUGGCCGCGCAUCCGCGCCGCCCAAUUCCCGGAGCUUGGGUCAAGGCUCGAGGCGGCGGAGGCUCAGCUCCCGGCUGUGCUUCUGUGAGCUGGGCCAGGGCGGGCGGGGAUCGGCGGCGGAGGCAGAUCGCACGGAGGGCGGCGGCCUGGGCCCGCCGAGCCAUGGCGGCUCCGGAGCCGGCGCCCAGGCGGGGCCGGGAGCGGGAGCGGGAGGAGGAGAGCGAAGACGAGAGCGACAUCCUGGAGGAAAGCCCGUGCGGCCGCUGGCAGAAGCGGCGGGAGCAGGUGAACCAGGGAAACAUGCCCGGGGUCCAGAGCACGUUCCUGGCCAUGGACACGGAAGAGGGGGUGGAGGUGGUGUGGAACGAGCUGCACUUCAGCGACAGAAAGGCCUUCUCUGCACACGAGGAGAAGAUCCAGACCAUGUUUGAGCAGCUGGUGCUCGUCGACCACCCCAACAUCGUCAAACUGCACAAGUACUGGCUGGACGCCUCCGAGGCAGGCGCUAGGGUCAUAUUCAUCACGGAGUACGUGUCCUCGGGCAGCCUCAAGCAGUUCCUCAAAAAGACCAAGAAGAACCACAAGGCCAUGAACGCCCGGGCCUGGAAGCGCUGGUGCACGCAGAUCCUGUCCGCGCUCAGCUUUCUGCACGCCUGCAGCCCUCCCAUCAUCCACGGGAACCUGACUAGUGACACCAUCUUCAUACAGCACAACGGCCUCAUCAAGAUCGGCUCCGUGUGGCACCGCAUCUUCUCCAAUGCGCUCCCUGAUGAUCUCCGAAGCCCCAUCCACUCCGAGCAGGAGGAACCGCGGAACCUGCACUUCUUCCCCCCGGAGUACGGCGAGGUGGCCGACCGCACCGCGGUGGACAUCUUCUCCUUCGGGAUGUGUGCGCUGGAGAUGGCUGUCCUGGAGAUCCAGGCCAACGGAGACACCAAGGUCACAGAGGAGGCCAUCGCUCGUGCCAGGCACUCGCUGAGUGACCCCAACAUGCGGGAAUUCAUCCUCUCCUGCCUGGCCCGUGACCCUGCCCGCCGGCCCUCAGCCCACAACCUCCUCUUCCACCGUGUGCUCUUCGAGGUGCACUCGCUGAAGCUCCUGGCCGCGCACUGCUUCAUCCAGCACCAGUACCUCAUGCCUGAGAACGUGGUGGAGGAGAAGACCAAGUUGAUGGACCUUCACGCAGUCCUGGCAGAGAUCCCCCGGCCCUCCCGGCCCCCCCUGCAGUGGCGGUACUCGGAGGUUUCCUAUUUGGAGUUGGACAAAUUCCUGGAGGAUGUCAGAAAUGGGAUCUAUCCGCUGAUGAACUUCGCUGCUGCUCGGCCCCUGGGGCUGCCCCGAGCCCUAGCCCCACCCCCAGAGGAGGCCCAGAAGGCCAAGACCCCAACACCAGAACCCUUUGACUCAGAGACCAGAAAGGUGAUCCAGAUGCAGUGUAACCUGGAGAGAAGCGAGGACAAGGCGCGCUGGCACCUCACUCUGCUUCUGGUGCUGGAGGACCGGCUGCACCGGCAGCUCACUUAUGACCUGCUCCCAACCGACAGUGCCCAGGACCUCGCCACCGAGCUCGUGCACUACGGCUUUGUCCACGAGGACGACCGGACCAAGCUGGCCGCCUUCCUGGAGAGCACCUUCCGCAAGCACCGUGGAGCUUAGCCGUGACGGCGCACCCAGCCACCCAUGUCGGGAAGCUGGGCAUGAGGGUCUGGGGACUGACAGGGGGCCGCCCUCUGCCUGUGUGCCCAGGGGCUGAGGCCCCCACCCCUGCUACUGAGGACCCUCCCUGCACCUUGCACAGCUGCUCAGAGGCCCUGGCUAGGGUUGAGGGUGGUGGGCUUGGGCCCACAAAGGAGCCCAUCAUCGGGGCGGGAGGUGUGAUUAGGCCGCACGUAUCUCCCGGUCGAGGACCCCCCAGCCCAUCCUGCCUCGGCACUCACCCUUUCUUCCCACAGCCUCCCUUUGCCAGCUGGCCGCCCCGCCCACCCCCCAGGCUGUCUGAUCAGUGACUGGGCCCUCCCAAUGGGGGGCCGCCCUGCAGGGAGCCACGGUUGGGGGGUAGCACAGACGCACAGAGGAACACCCACCUCAAGGCAGCGGUGAAGCACCCACAGGCAUCAGGCGGGGUGCUGGGUGCUGAGUGGGGCCACGACCGGCAGGAGAAGCAGGCAGCAGAGACAGUGCAGGGAGCCCCAGUUCCCAGCACCGUGUGGCUCUGGCACCCCCGUCCAGCAUCCAGCGCACACCCGCCCUGGAGCCUCUCUCUGAUUUUUGCACUGCUCUGAGGCUGGGACCCCCAUCCCUUGUGUGGACACUCUUCUGGCCCCUGCAGCCCCCCACACCAAGGGCUCCUUCCUCUCCUGUCUUCCUGGGCCUGGAGAGGUCCGUCGGGUGUCCUCCCAGCUCCUCACUGUGCGUCCUCCGAGCGACCACCCCGCAGGGACCUCCCCCGCCUCUUCCCACGGCAGCUGCCUCCCCGGGUCCCUCCCACCAGCCCCCACUGCCCUGGUCUCCCUUCUCGGGAACCACCGCCCCUCCACUCUCAAACAUAAACACUCUUUAACAGUUUAAAUUGCAUGUGCAAAUUUAGUGCUUUCAGGGUUCUUUUAAAGCAUUUCAAAUGCCAAACGGAGAAAGCUGACCACUCUAUCAGUGGUCUAGUGUUGCUAUAGGAAGUUACCACGAGCUUAGAGGCUUAAAACCCUCCCCAUGUAUUGCAGUUCCGUAAGUCAGAAGUCCGGCCCAGGUCUCAGCAGGCUGACAUCCAGGUGUCAGCCAGCUGCAUUUCCUUCUGGAGGUUCCAGGGGGGAACCCAGCUGUUGUUCCUUCAGGUUGGCUGUUGGCUUGUGGGGUCAGGCGUGGCGCCGGGCGCUGGGUGCUGGGCAGGAAUUCUUUUCCUUGCAGUGCUAGGGCCCUGGCCCGCUGUACACUGAAGGCCACCCUCGGCCUCCGGAGGCUGCUGCCCUUCUUGGCUCAUGGCCCCACCCUCCAUUUCAAAGCCAGCACUGGCAGGUGGAGUCUGUCCCAUGAACCCUCUGUCUGACUUUCUGCAGCCAGAGAAAAGCUUUCCUGUAAAUAGGUUGAGCCCACCCAGAUAGUCCAGGAGAGUCCCCCACGUUGAGGCCCUUUCGGGGGAAUCAGGGCAGGGACGGCUUCGGGGGGAGGGCUGCCAUUACUCCACCCGCCACAUCACCCUCACCAAACCUGAGACAGGACGAGCUAACCAAGGCACAUCGAAUAAAUUAAGUGUGCAAGUAU